CCUCUGCUUCCUUCCCUGGUGGAGGUGAGAGGGUGGGAUAAACCUCCCAGGGGAGCCCACUUCCCCAAAGUGCAGAGAUGUAGCGAAGGAAUGGGUAGAGAGCAGUAACCUGGAAGCAGGCCUCAUGCCUAAAGACAAGCGAGAAGGCGUGCUCGGAAUCUUGAUGGGAAACAAAGGGAGUCGGCGGUAGCCUCCAGAGGCCAGACAUCAAGAGGGCCCAGGGGGCCCUCCUGGGAGAAACUCUUUGGGGCCAUGAAACAGCAACUUGGACUUCCCAGCCAGGGUCACCACCCUUGUCAUCUGAGAAAGGCAGACCAGCUGGGAGAACCACUCCACCCUUCUACCAGCCCCACCCUCCUCUGCAGUCCACACAUCAUAUGUCAUCAGGCACCUGCCCGGGAGGUGUGCUGCCCGAGAUUUUGCCACCUCAAGGUGAAUGCGGCUUCAAGGGGCCAUCUUUGUGCUCCUGCCCCACAUGGGGCCCAUCCUGGUCUGGCUGUUCACUCGUAAUCAGAUGUCUGGUUGGUGUGAGGGCCCGAGGACGCUGUCCUGGUGCCCACUCCACAAAGUCCUACUGCCCGUACAGACAACCAUCUACUCUGUCGUGGGCUACGCCUCCUACCUGGUGUGGAAGGACCUGAGAGGGGGCUUGGGGUGGCCUCUGGUCCUGCCUCUCGGCCUCUAUGCUGUUCAGCUCACCAUCAGCUGGACUGUCCUGGUUCUCUUUUUCAUAGUCCACAACCCUGGUCUGGCCCUGCUGCACCUGCUGCUGCUGUAUGGGCUGGUGGUGAGCACAGCACUCAUCUGGCAUCCCAUCAACAAGCUGGCUGCCCUGCUACUGCUGCCCUACCUAGCCUGGCUCACCGUGACUGCAGCCCUCACCUACCACCUGUGGAGGGACAGCCUUUGUCCAGUGCACCAGCCUCCGCCCACGGAGAAGAGCAACUGAGGCCCUAGGGCAACGGAGAGGAGGGAUGGCCAGGGUGGGGAGGAGGAGUCAGCAAGCAGGUGAGCUAGGGCUCACCCCAAUGGGACCACCCUCCUGGGUCCCCUAAUGCCAUUUUUCCUUAGAAAUCAGAAAAAUGGGAAAGAGGGGGGAAACUGAUUUUACACCUAAAUAAUAAAAUCCUAUUAGUAACUCUGAGGAUAUGA